AUCUCCUUAAACUAAAACGAACAUCAUCCAUCUAUGUUUCUUAUUUCUCUAUUUUAGGGUUUCAAUUAUUUUCGUUUUUCCCAAAGAUCCAAAACUAUAAUCUAACCUUUAUCUUAAGAUCCAAUUAUUUAAAAUUAGUCCAAGAUCCCAAUCUUGAAUUCCAAUUUUCACAAAGUUUCGAUCUUUAUCAUUUAUUUUAUAUAAAUUUAAAGACCAGCUAUGGUUGGUGGUGGUGCUACUUCUUCUCAAUUGGUAUCUCCGGCACCGGCGCCGGCAAUUUCGUCAGAAGAGGAUGAGAUCUUGAAAAGAAACACUGAUUGUGUUUACUUUCUUGCUUCACCUUUGACAUGCAAAAAGGGAAGUGAGUGUGAAUAUCGCCAUAGUGACGUUGCACGGGUCAACCCCAGGGAUUGCUAUUAUUGGUUAAAUGGGAACUGCUUGAAUCCAAAAUGUGCAUUCCGUCACCCCCCACUUGAUGGAUUACUGGGAUCUGAUGUUUCGACUCCCAUGGGACCUCCCGUACCUGCACCACAUCAGGCUCCUUAUGUCACCCCGAAACAAGGAGUUGCUUGUAUUUUCUUUCAGAAAGGCUUUUGUUUAAAGGGACAUUUAUGCCCUUUCUUGCAUGGGCCACCAAAUUCGGUCAAUAAUAAACCCUCCCAAUCCGGGUCAGCUAACCCUGUUUCCAAUGCUUCCAAAAUGGUUCCUUCUAAUCCCGAGAAGCCCAUUCAAGAGCAGAAGUUUGCACAACAAGCAACCAUUCAAAAGGUAACAACUCUUCCGGCCAGAAAUGGUGGUAACGGGGCUGUUGAUAAAAAGGUAUCACCGCCUUCUAAUUUCAGGGAGCCUCCUAGGUACAAACCAGCCAAUGUGGUUCCGACACCUGCCAUAAUAGAACAACCAUCCAGCAAACCCAAUCGCAGUGGCCACCACGGUUAUCAUGUAUCAGAAAACGAUACCAUUCGUCGGAAGGAUGCUGAUGAAUAUUCAAGAGAACCUUCCCCUGGUUUUGAUGUUCUUGUGGAUAAUGAGCUUGAGGAAUCUGAAUACUACCAUGAAAAGGACGGACCAAGAAGAGCUAGAGGUCAAGAUUAUGAUGUUGACCGAGAUAUGUAUCGUGAGCACCGUGAUUAUGACCAUUUUAAUGAACGUGAUGGUCAUUUUGAUGCCGACCAUGUUGAAAAUCUAGAAAGGAGGCCUUUUCCUAGAAGUGAUCGUGAAAACGGGUCAGAUCUGCGCCACCGUAUAUCUAAGCAACGAAGAGGUAAUGACAAUGGUGUAAGGUCAGUUGUUAACCGUGAUUAUGACCGUGAAAGUCAAAAUCAUGUUGACUGGAUUCCAAGGAGAGAGAGCCACCACCACCACCGGCCCGAUCAGCACCCAGAUCAGGGAACUCUGAGUAGCCGACUUAGAGGAAGAAUAAAGAUUCCUGGCAGCAAUGAAAACAACCGGAGGGUAGAAAGGGAUAUUGACAUAGAACGGAAGCAUCUUUCCAGGUACUCUCCAGGAAGACCGAUGUCCAUUAACCAGAGCAGACUUAGAGACAGAAUAAAGGGACCCCGGGACAUGGUGUCAGAUAACGAUGCCAAAUUUGCAGGGCCAAGAAGAUUGUCGGAGCUUAAAAGUGUUAAAAGUGAACAUCAGCCAAAUAAUGAACCAUCUCUGGGAAAAAGAAAAUACCCAAAAACGGAGGAUGAUAUGUCUUUUGAAGGGCCAAAGCCUCUUAGUGAGAUUUUGAAGCGGAAACGAGGGAUCAGUAUCAGUAACAGUGAAGAUCACAUUUCUUCUAUAAACACACAAGACAAUACUCCGAAAGAAAGUGACAUUGUAUCAUCUAAUAAAGAGGAGCACAACGCUGUAUCAGCUGAUCUGGUAGGAGUAAUUGAGAAUAAUAAACCAGAGGAUGACAACUCAGUAAAUAAUGGCCAGAUCGAGGUCGAAAAUGAAGAUGGUUUGAUCGAUGAAGAUGCAUUGCUUGAUGAGGAGCUUGAAGCGUACGAUGAUCAAAGAGACGGAGAGUAUGAUUACGACCAAAUGGAUGGUGAAGAAGAAGAUUAUAAUUUGGAUGAAGGUGAAUAUAUUGAUGAAGAGGAAGUAGAAGAAUAUGAAAAGAAAGAAAAUGUGGUGUACUCUUAGAAUACAAUGAGGUCUUAAGAGGAACGUUGGUUUUGAUUGUAGUUUGUGAAAAAAAGGAUUAAUCUUCUUUUUUUUACCCUUUGUAUUGUUAUAGAUUUGAUUUGUAUUCUCAAGUAUUUAUAACUUUUGGCUUUUUGGCCAACAUCAGUUUGAUCCCAAUAUGAAUGAGCCUUAUUAGGGGUAAUUUGAUUGUUUACUGUA